AUGGGUUGCGGAAUGAGUACCGAGGAUAAGGAGGGGAAGGCCCGCAACGAGGAGAUUGAGAAUCAGUUGAAGAGGGACAAGAUGUUACAGAGGAAUGAGAUCAAGAUGCUUUUGCUCGGUGCUGGAGAGUCGGGCAAGUCGACCAUUCUGAAGCAGAUGAAGCUCAUCAACGAGGGAAGCUAUUCGCGGGACGAGCGGGAAUCCUUCAAGGAAAUCAUUUACAGCAAUACCGUGCAAUCGAUGCGCGUCAUCCUCGAGGCAAUGGAGUCCCUUGAACUGCCCCUUGAAGAUGCCCGGAACGAAUACCAUGUGCAGACCAUCUUCAUGCAGCCCGCUCAGAUCGAGGGUGACAGCCUGCCCCCGGAGGUUGGCAACGCCAUUGGUGCUCUCUGGCGUGACACCGGUGUGCAGGAGUGCUUCAAGCGCUCUCGUGAAUACCAACUGAAUGACUCUGCCAAAUACUACUUUGAUGCCAUCGAGCGCAUUGCUCAGCCCGACUACCUCCCUACCGACCAGGAUGUUCUCCGCGCACGUGUCAAGACUACCGGUAUCACCGAGACGACGUUCAUCAUUGGUGACCUGACGUACCGCAUGUUCGACGUCGGUGGCCAGCGUUCCGAGCGUAAGAAGUGGAUUCACUGCUUCGAGAACGUGACGACAAUCCUUUUCCUGGUCGCCAUUUCCGAGUACGACCAGCUGCUUUUCGAGGAUGAGACCGUCAACCGCAUGCAGGAAGCGCUGACGCUGUUUGACUCUAUCUGCAACUCGAGAUGGUUUGUCAAGACCUCGAUCAUCCUCUUCCUGAACAAGAUCGAUCGCUUCAAGGAGAAGCUGCCCGUCAGCCCCAUGAAGAACUACUUCCCUGACUACGAAGGUGGCGCCGAUUACGCUGCCGCCUGCGAUUACAUCCUCAACCGCUUUGUUUCCCUCAACCAGGCCGAGCAGAAGCAGAUCUACACUCACUUCACAUGUGCUACAGAUACUACGCAGAUUCGGUUCGUCAUGGCUGCUGUAAAUGAUAUUAUCAUCCAAGAGAACCUCAGACUCUGCGGUCUGAUCUAA